AGGUCAUUGAUCGGCGGUUGAGAUCUACAACUGCGACGUUACAUCAGGCGUAAUCUGGCAACGCGCUUUUCCGUCGAGCAUCAAUGUCACAUUGAUACCUCCAACAUAUGCAACAUGAGAAGCUGAAUACUUUUUGUAAGAGGUGACUUUUAUUCAGGAACACUUCCACGUCAAGAUAUAUCUUCAACGUUUAUCUUGUUAUCACGCCCGAACCGCAUCAAAAUUUUUGGUCACUGUGAAAUGGCAAAAUCUCCCAAUGUUGAAGCCUUGGAGCGUGAUGGUUUCGUAGUCAUCAGAUCAACCUUGACACCUGAAGAGAUUGAGAAAUUGCGCAACGCCUGCCACCGGGUGACCACCCUCGCUCGACAAGGUCAGUGGCCGAAUGUACGAACGCUCCCCAAACAAUUCCCACCGUGGAACGUCAAAGAAGGCCAGAACCCCGCCGAGGCAGGUAUCUGGGGCGUGCAAGGCCUCAUGCAUCCGGCGAUGCUCGAGCACGAAUUGUUCACGGCCACUUACUUCUCCGACGCCCUCAUCAACCCGACCAAGGACCUAUUGCAGUGCGGAGACGACGAUCUCGUGAUGGAGCUGUUCAACCUGCUCGUCCGACCCGACCACGACUUUGAGCUCCGCUGGCACCGCGACGACAUUUCAGACAAGGCCACCCCCGAAGAGGAGCUCGCGAGACUUGCCAAACCGGCAUGGCACACGCAGUGGAACCUCGCCCUUUACGACGACAACAGCCUCAUCGUCGUCCCCGGUUCUCACAGACGUGCUCGUACGGAGACCGAACGUGUCGCCGACCCUUACGAGAAAGGUCUCCCGGGGGAACUGCGUGUGCAGAUGAGCCCCGGAGACGUUGUCUUUUACAACAACAACAUCCUCCAUCGCGGCGCGUACGACGGUGACAAGGAGCGUAUGACGUUGCACGGAAGCGUCGGUCAUGUCAAGGGUGGAAGUCUUCGUGCGAGGAACGUCCUCCAGCACGGACUGCGAGACUGGAUCGAUCAGUGCGACUUCUCAAAGGUGCCGAACUCGAAACGUGGUCGUGCUGAAGGAAUGCGUCGGCGGUUGAUUGAUUUGGCAAACAAGUCGGGGGAUGUGGGAUAUUCACUACAAGGAUGAACUUGAGGUUAACGACAUUUCAAAAGUAUAUCAGACCCGAAUUUUGCGUUAUGGACGGGAUUGGGUUUGGUUGGAUUAGUCCAAAUAUUCACUCAUAGCAUGCAAGAUCGUAAUUGAAAUGCUACAAACAUAAUUA